UGUCAAUAUCAAUUUUAAAAUUAAAACUAAUUAGGGAAAAGUGUUUUGCAGCGGCGUUACGUUUAAUUAAACGGAGUCUUCUACAAAGAGAGAUUUUAGAGAGAGGGAGAGAGAGAUUACAAAGAAGGCGACCUGUGUUGAGAUCCGAAUCUCCGAAGGCUGAGAUCGUUGAGCACCGUCUGAUCCUGCCGCAUUGCCAUUUCUCUCUUCGAUUUUGAUUCGAAUCUCUGCCAACUUCCCCCAAAACAAUUCCGCUAGAAUUCAGACAUUUAUUUUGCUCCUGGACUGACAAAGUCUGGACCUCUGAGAAAGUUGGCAUGGGAGCAGAAAGUGACAAUUGGCAUUUGGAGUUAACCCAUGACCAGUGGGUAGCACUAUCUGUGUCUGGUCCACGACCACCAGCUCGCUACAAGCAUGCUGCUGCCGUGGUUGAUGAAAAACUAUACAUUUUUGGUGGAAGUCGUAAUGGCCGGUAUCUAUCUGAUACUCAGGUUUUUGAUCUUAAAACUUUGGCAUGGUCCACUCUGAACCUGAAUACUGAAUCAAAUGCUGAUAAAAUUAAAGACAGUCUCCUGCAGGAAGUUCUUCCAGCUACAUCAGGCCACAGAAUGAUCAAAUGGGGAAACAAACUUCUUCUUCUUGGUGGGCAUUCAAAGUACUUUUCUGAUAGCAUAACAGUGCAGUUCAUUGAUCUGGAAUCACACCAAAGUGGUGUCAUGGAGACCACUGGAAAAGUUCCGGUAUCUCGCAGUGGGCAGUCUGUGACGCUGGUUGGUUCUAGACUGAUAAUGUUUGGUGGAGAAGAUUUGCACAGGCAACUGAUGAAUGAUGCCCAUGUUCUUGAUCUAGAGACAAUGACUUGGGACAUUUUGGAGACUACGCAGACACCUCCAGCUCCCAGAUUUGAUCACACAGCUGCAGUGCAUGUGGAGCGCUACCUUCUGAUAUUUGGAGGCUGUUCUCAUUCCAUCUUUUUCAAUGAUCUUCAUGUACUGGACUUGCAGACUUUGGAAUGGUCCCAACCACAAAUUCAAGGUGACUUGGUGGCCCCUAGGGCUGGUCAUGCUGGUAUCACCAUUGAUGAAAACUGGUAUAUUGUUGGUGGAGGAGAUAAUAAAAGUGGUGUGUCUGAAACUCUUGUGUUAAAUAUGUCUAAGCUUGCCAUGUCGAUGUUGACAAAUGUAAAGGAUAGAGAUCCACUAGCCAGUGAGGGACUCAGUGUUUCUUCAGCAGUUGUAGAUAGUGAGAAGAUUUUGGUUGCCUUUGGUGGCUACAACGGAAAAUAUAACAAUGAGGUAUUUGUUAUGAGACUCAAACCAAGGGAUUCUCCACAUCCUAAAAUUUUUCAGUCGCCAGCAGCUGCAGCAUCUGUUACUGCCACAUAUGCCCUAACCCAUUCUGGGAAGUCAGACUUUAACAAAACAGAACAUUCAAACAUUAAGGUGAUCCAAAACAAUGGCUCUCAACAUGAUCUGUCAAUUGACAUCAAUGCAAUUAGAGAAGAAAAGACGGUGUUGGAGUCGGCCCUUGAAGAAGUCAGAGCAGAAAAUUCAAUUCUCAAAGGAAAGGUUAAUGAAACUACUAGCACCUAUGCUGAUUUAUCCAAGGAACUCCACUCGGUCCAAGUUCAACUGGCGGCUGAGAGAUCAAGAUGUGUUACACUAGAGGCACAGAUAGGAGAGGUACAGAAGAUGCUGGAGUCAUUGAAGUCCAUAGAGGAAGAGAUUCAAUUACUCGGGCGUCAGAAAUCUGCAUUGGAAAGUGAUGUGGAGCUUUCUGGAGACGUCCAGAGGCAGAGUUCUGGUGGUGUUUGGAAGUGGAUAGCUCAAUAGCUUGGAUUACAUUUAAAUCACCAAAGUUGCAAGUGCCGAUGAUAAUGGCGAAGGGGGCACAUUUGCUUUGUACUGCUCCAACCACUUUUGGGUCAAGUCGUCUUCCUCUUGUUGCUAAUAUCUCCCUCCUCCAUCUCCAUGUGAUAUUAUUAUUAUUUACGGAUGAAGGAAAGGGAUGAAGAAAGGGAACAGACGACAACAUAAAUGAAGGCAAAAAAAAAAAAAUUUGCUCUUGCUGGUCGACCGGCCGGUUGACCUCCUUGGAUGUCCUAUGGUUUGAUGAAAGCUCCGUUGGAGCAUCUAAUAUCAAAUAGAAGAAUUUUGUGAUAUUUUUACUCAGAUGUGGUGAAAUGUUUGGUAAAUUAUUAGAGAUGCUCUUAUAAGAAAAGAUAAGGUCAUUGUGUGUGAGUGAUAUAAGUAUUUAUUUUUUAUAACAUUUGUCUUCUUUUGUUUUUCCCUUACAUGUAGAAGGAUGACAUGCCCUUCUUUUCAGAAAAUAAUGUUAAAGGCAAUUAAAUUGAAAAUUUUACAAUCUUGGUUCCAAAUUAACCUUUAAUAGUCUUUCUUAUUUCUGGUUUAGGGCAAAUUGAAUCAAUGAAAGUGGUCGAUUUGAGUGCAAAUCAUGACUCUGGCUACACUUGGGCAUGGAAAAUUUGCCAAUAAUUUAUUCAUGCCUGAUAUUUUUUGCUCUCUGUGUUUAUUUGUUUUCGGUUUGAUAGCUGAUGUUUUAUACCACGAU